AUGUCGUUUGGGUCUGGUGGUUUUGGUGGCUUCGGCCAGCAGAACCAGUCGUCAGGCUUUGGAUUUGGAGCAAAUGCGGCAAACACAAACACAACCCAAGGUUUUGGAUCCGGUACAUCUGGCUUUGGAAGCAACGCCAACACUGGUGCUGGCCUAUUUGGCAAUACUGCAAGCACUGGUUUCGGUGCCAAUCCCGGUACGGCCUCGGAAUACGCUCUCCUAGACUCUAUCGCAUCCAGCCAUCUUGUAGUGGUUUUGGCUCAACCGGUACUGGCGGCUUCGGCGCGAAGCCUGCAUUUGGUGCGACGACAUCAGCCGGCGGUGGCCUUUUUGGAGCUACGACAGCCACGGCUGGCUCCUCUGGAUUUGGUGGUGGCGGCGGGUUUUGGAUCGACGACAACCACCUCAACUACGCCUUUUGGAGGCGGCGGCGCCUCGUUGUUCGGCGCGAGCAAACCGGCGUUUGGCUCUACAGCGCCCACUGGAGGGCUCUUUGGCAGCACAGCGACCCCGGCAACGACUGGGUUCGGCAGCACGGGUGGCGGGUUUGGUGCUGCAGCAAAUCCUGGCAUCGGCACCAAUGUCGGCGACCCUCCUGGCACCGCAGCCGUCGCGUUUCAGCCGUAUGUUGAGAAGGAGAACAGCAGCAACCAGCAGAACAGCUUCCAAAGCGUCCUGUUCAUGGACGCCUACAAGAAGUGGUCGAUUGAAGAACUUCGUCUGGUAGAUUACAACCAAGGACGUCGUUACGGCAACUCGACUGGCACUGGUGCAUUUGGUGUCAGCUCGAACUUUGGUGGUUUUGGCUCCAACAACAAUACCAAUACCACCACCACUACAAACACCGCCGGCGGCUUGUUCGGCAGCGGCACCACCACGACCGGCUUCGGCAGCCAGCCUGCGGCUACGACCGGGGGCUUCGGUACAAACACCUCGACGAGUGGUGGCCUUUUCGGCGCCAAGCCCGCCGCGACUGGUGGUCUGUUUGGUAAUACUACGGCCCAGCCGGCACAAUCAGGUGGCUUGUUUGGCUCUGGUGGUGGUAGUGGUGGCUUUGGGUCAGGCACUACUAGCGGUUUUGGUUCUGCCAACACCACUGCGGGCACUGGGCUCUUCGGCAACGCUGCGGCGCAACCUAAGCCGGCCACUGGAUUCGGUUUUGGAUCCAAUACUCAGACCACAGGUGCUUUCGGGAACACUGGGACUACCAAUACUUUUGGCACCGCAAAUACUGGAGCCACCGCAAACACCGGCGGCCUCUUUGGCUCCACGCCUACCAACACAGCCACGACCGGCGGUGGACUCUUUGGGUCUGCAGCCCCCCCAGCAACCAGUGCAGGCGGAUUCGGCACCGGUGCGGGCGGCGGAUUUGGCGUGCAGAACACUCAGGCGGGUGGAUUGUUCGGUCAGGCCAAGCCUGCUACCAGCGGCCUGUUUGGCACGGCAACAGCCAACACAGCUGCCCCGGGCGCUUCUGGUGGCAUGUUCGGAUCAACAGCCACGUCCUCGCCGUUUGGCGCCAACAACAACACUCAGUCGACGUUCUUGCAGAAGCCAGCCGCUACGACAGGUGGAGGUUUGUUCGGUAAUGCCACAGCUCAGCCAGCAGGGGGCGGUGGGCUCUUUGGAAACGCGGGCCAAAACGCUCAGCCUCAGCAGCAAGCCCAGCCGGGCUCGCUUUUCGGUGGUAGUAUGAACCAGACCCAACCGAAGCAGUCGCUAUUUGGCUCCCCGGCUCCGGCUGCGACCGGCUCCCUUUUCGGCGGUCAGAUGAACAACCAGCAGCAAACCGGCAACGCGUUUGGCCAAAGUACUGCAGUACAGCAGCAGGGUGGCGGCUUGGGCGGCUCGCUCUUCGGGAACUCGACCCAAGGUCUGGGUGGCUUGGGUGCGACACAGGGCCUGACCACGAGCAUUUCUGACGCUGGCGCUUAUGGGGCCCCUUCUCUGUUCCAAAAUCUGGCUACAGCUGAAGUGCACAACCCCGGGCCUCUUGCCACUCCGCUGUCGUUGAACAAGAGCAAGACCUCCCGGCGGAGCUCCAUUCUGCCGUUGUACAAGAUGAAUCCCGGCUCGGCGUCGAAGUUUGCCACUCCCCAGAAGCGUGGCUAUGGAUUCUCCUACAGCACGCUCGGCACCCCCAACAGCGCUUCCAGCAUGAGCAGCACGCCUGGUGCCUUCAGCCAGAGCUUGCUUGUGGGCGGCGCCGGCCGUGCCCUGUCUCAAAGCAUCUCGUCGAGCAGCCUUCGGCGUACUCUUAACGCGGACGACAGCAUCCUUCUUCCGGGUGCUUUCUCGACCAGCUCUGGCUCACGUUUCUACGGAAGUGUCGGUAGCAGCAAAAAGCUGGUUAUCAACCGCGACAUGCGCUCUGAUCUUUUCUCCACGCCCACCAAGGUCAAAGAACCAAGCAACGAUUCGUCGGACAGUCUGGCGCCCGGAAGUGCACGGAAGCUCCAGAAGCGAGUCAGCUUCGAUACCACGGUUGCUAAGGAUAACGGUGGCGAGAACGGACGUGCCAAUGGCAGCGCCAAUGGCAACAGUGCAGACUUGGGCUAUCUUCGGCCGCAAGGCCGUUCUGUCAACAACGGCGCUGCGACGGCGACAUCGUCGGAGCCUGAGAUGACCCAAAUCUCUGGAAAGGAACUUGCCGUUGUGCACGAAGAGGAAUAUUCCCCGGCCAACCGCUGCAUACCCGACGACUACACGAUCAACAGCAAAGACCUGGGGGAGUACUGGAUGUCGCCCUCCAAGGAAGAGAUUGACCGCAUGAACCGGAUCCAGCGCCAGCAAGUUGCCAACUUCACUGUUGGGAGAGUCAACGUUGGGCAGGUUCGGUUCCGCGUCCCUGUCGAUCUUACCAAAAUCAGCCUCGACUCUAUCCCCGGCGGCAUCGUAACGCUGAUUAUCCGCUCUGCCACGGUUUAUCCCGACAUAAACACAAAGCCUCCUGUCGGCCAGGGGCUGAACGUGCCCGCUGAGAUUAUGCUUCUGCACACGUGUCCUCGGAGCGGACCUGACGUUUCUGCUGCUAAGAUGAAGAAGCACAUUAUGCGUCUGAGGAGCAUUCCUGACACUUCGUUUGUCGACUAUGACGAAAAGACAGCAGCAUGGACGUUCACGGUCGAACACUUUACCACCUACGGCUUUGAUGAGGAUGAAGAUGACGAAACAGACGCCGAGACGACGAUUGUAUCAGCAGCAGCUGCUGGUGCUAACGGCUCGGCCACGAUUGCAAGCCCGGCUUCGGGCGUCCGGACGGCAGGCAGUGACGACGACUCGUCAGACGCCCGUCGGCGCAAGCGACCCUUCGUGCCUGGUGCGUUUAAUGAACAAACCGAGAUGUCGGAUGACGAAGAUAACCGGACUGAGGAGAUGUCUUUUUUAUCUAGUCGCUCUGCGGAGAUGAGUUCUCUUGCUGUUGUGCCCGCUGCAUCGACGACGCACGACCUUGAUAUGGAACCGACACAGGAUGGACUGAUGGAGACCGAGCACGAGGCGUCUCUUUCUCGUCAGCCCUAUUCUGCCGCAGAGCACGACAACGACAGCCUCCAAGAUUCGCCACCCGCCCCGGGCCUAGUUCCUGUGAUCCCGGAGACGCCUGCAGGCGUUGUGCGGGCUCGCAUGCGAGCGAUCAAGGAAUCGAGCACGCCGAUCAAGCUCCAAGUGGCCGACGGCGACAACUGGAUGGAAAUGCUGCAGAAGACUGUCAGCCCUCAGAAACGUGACCGGGCGGCCCUGAAAGCUCUCAGCGGGCUGAACGUCGACAACAAGCCGGACUUUCGCGAGAGCAAAGUCGGCUUCGACAACAAGGUUGGCAGAGCGUCUAUCAGUGCGCGGAGUCGGCUGGUCAACGACAACCGCGGGUUUGCAACGAGCAUCGAUCUCAUGAACUCGCUUUUCGAAAAGGCCAAGGCACCGCCUGCUAAAGCUCCACCAAAGGCCAUCACGACAGCCAAGGGCUUCAUGAAGUGGCCGUACAACAGACAAAACAGAGCAGCAGACGAGGACGAGGCCAACAUGGAGCCAACAGAGCGAGCUUUCCACGAGUCAAUGAAACCGGCCUGGUCUGCUGACGGCUCCUGCAUCGUUAUCGACGAGCAAGGCAACGGCUCCUUCGAACCAACGCUGAAGCGACUUCGCGUGUUUGAUUCUCUCGACCCUACUUUAGCAUUCGAUCCCCUUGAAGGCAUUGCAGAGCACAAGGAAGCAAUCGACAUUGAGCUCGUUAAUGGAGUGCCCUCUGUGUCGACUCGACGGGUUCCUCCCAUCAAGACAUUCGCCGGGUUCUGCGAGCAAGCAAAUCGUCGCAGAGCAGCCAAUGCCGGGCUGCUAGCAAAGCAGCAGGGAUCAUACGAACAGUCUGUGUGGGAGCUGGCCAGCGUCCUUUUCGACCCCGUGGAUGGCCUACUGGAUACGGCCGACGAGACCCGUGCUCGCAAGGAGAAUCUCAGCCGGUUUUGGGCCCAGCUUGUGCAGGACGCAACGACGAAGUCACUCGAACAGGCGCAGUCACUGGAAGAGAAGGCGGUGGUUUACCUGGCCGGUCGCAAAGUGCCGGAGGCCUGCCGAGCUCUUGUCGACAGCAAGAAUUUCAAGGCGGCAACACUGACAUCUCUCAUCGGGACCAGCAACGCGUUCAGGAAGGACAUGCGGGAGCAGAUGGAAGACUGGCAGCAGGGCGACGUUCUGGCCGAGUUCAGCGUACCGAUCCGGUCUCUUUAUUCGCUUCUGGCCGGGAAUGUGUCCGUAUGUGAAGGGAAGAAGGGAGGCGGUGUCGAGAACCGAGUGAACUCUGUGGUACUGUCGGAGUGGUUUGGCCUGGAUUGGAAGCAGGCCUUUGGACUGCGUCUUUGGUACGGCAUCGCUGCCGGGGAAGGCAUCGAGACAGCGGUGGCCAAGUUUGUGGAAGACCUGGAGCAAGGACGCGUUCCCCAGCCUCGGCCGUGGUACGCCAACCAACGAGAUGUGCCGGUGACAUGGGCAGUGCCAGUGAGUGCUGUUCGGGAAGAUCUGCUGUUCGGCCUCUUGAAAGUAGCUGCCGGACACGCCCGUCUCGAGGAUGUCUUGGAGCCAGAAAGCUCGCAGGCUUCUCCGCUUCGAUUUCGCCUGUGCUGGCAGAUCAACCAGGCGCUCUCGGCAGCAGGCAACAUUGCAGACUCGGCCAAGCUGUCUCCAGCCAAGGCGGACAUGCUCACGAGCCAGUAUGCUGCAGAGGUGGUGUACAGCGACAGCCGCGAAGUGGGAGACAACGGGUGGAUCCAUGCAGUCUGGGUGCUUAUGCACCUGUCGGACCCGACGUCACGCGUGCAGGCAAUCCAAGACGUGCUCGGCCGCCAUGCCGGACGGCUGUUCGAGGGCAAUCGGAGUGGCCAGCCGGCGGGGACGAGCCUGUACGAGCGCCUAGUGGACGAUCUCAAGAUGCCGGCGGCCUGGGUAUGGCAAGCAUCGGCCCUUUACUGGCGCUACGAGCAGAAGCAGCCUGCACUGGAGGCCGAGUGUCUGCUGCAUGCACUGGCGUUUGCGGAUGCGCACAGCAUCUUCGUCAAGGAGCUGGCGCCCAAAGCGAUUGUCGAGCGCAACUAUGGAGAGAUUGCGCAGAUUCUCAGCAAGCUGCAACCGCACCGCCACCAGAUCUCGGGCUGGGCGCUGGGCGGUGAGGUCUACAGCCGGUUCCUGGACCUGCUGACGCUGCAGCGCAACGGAACGCUCGAAGACCGCGACAACGAAAGCAGCAGCAACAGCACAACACGUCGGACCCGAGGCCAGCAGCAACAGGCCCGAGCCGGCGCAGAACAGGCGUCGGUGCAGCUGUCAGGGGCCGUCGAGGCUCUCGUGUCCAGCCUGCCGGCAAUGUACGAAAAUGCAGGCGAUGACAGGCCGACAGAGGUAGCAGCCAUUACAGAAAUGGCGGAUGUGGUCGCAAAGGAGACAAUGGCGCUCGCCAGCAAAGGACGGAUGGAUUUGAGCAAGAUCUCCCGUCUGCCCUUGACGGAAGACCGGCGGCUGCGCUACUCAAACGACCUGGCUUUUGCCUAUUAUCGAGAGGUGAUGGCUGCACAAUGA